ACUACGUGCUGAAAAACGUUACGACGACGUGAGGCGGGCGCGCUCAGCCAAUCACGCGCACGCAAACUCCGCCGCGGGGCGCGCGCCGGCGCCCGCACCCCGCGCGUCCCUCCCCUCCGACAUCAUCACUUCGGAAAGCUUCGCACACCUGGAAAACUGACACAGCGCCUGAGACCAGAGCAUCGCCCGCGCCGCGCCUACUCCUUGACUAUCUCUCGGAUAAUAGAUUUGACGAUUUUGUGAAGUGAUAGUGGUAUCAUAAAAAUGCUGAAUUAGAUUCAAAGUUGCACCAAAGAUAAAAUUAACAUAAUUUAACAUUGUUACUUAGAUUCAGUAUUACUAUGGAGUCGGAAACGAAUACAACGGCGGGCGACGGCGAAAAUCAACAGGAAUUGCAAGCUACUGCAGAAGCAUUACAACUUGUAAAACAUGAAGAGAGGAUCGAACAAGAUCAAUCAACAAACAAUAGUACGAGCUCUCCGGCCGAUACGGCUGCCGACCCACAGCAUCCGUCCCCGCAUCCGCAGUCGCAGUCAGUAAUAACGUCUCGUCGUGCCGUACGUACUAUCACUGCAGCCGGGCACAUCACCACCGAUGACGUUGAUGUCAAUCCUGAAGAUGGCGUGAAGGACGAACCCCCUGAACCACCGCCGGUAGAACAUGAACAGCAUCCCAUGCACCAAUAUACACCAAAACUGGAAGAAAGCGAGGCACGGAAUAUCGCACAGCAACAUUACGACGAAGAAAGGCUACGCUUAGCCGAAGCAGAAACAGCUCGAUAUCUAGCUUUCAAACCGGAAUCUUAUAGAUCACUACCGUCCCCAGAUAAACGCAUGCAGGUACAAUAUACCCGUGCUCCACAGCGCCCCACAUACGGCAGGGGACUGUCUUUGCGUUACGGUGCGUCGCAUCAUGUUAUAGUCGCGCAGGAAAACAAUGCAGAAGAUCACGAUCCGGAUACUUUCCUGGGACCCAAAGACAAACCGGAACAAUUACAAUACACCCAAAACGAUGACAUCGGCGCACCGGGUACCAGUGAUGGCAGGCAAUAUGGAGCAGUUCUGAGCGAUCAAGUGUCAGCGUCAUCAUCGCUUGAAAUGAUUCAGACGACUUCUUUGAACAGUCAACAAUCAAUCGGUGUUGCGUACCAACAAGUUAAAUAUGAGACCAGGGGAGAACCUGAAUUACGACCUACGACAUAUGCUAGUCUGCAGCCAGUAACUUCUGUACACGGAGGUUAUGCAUAUGCGGGACAGAGCCCUCAGUAUGGUGGAGCCGGAGGAUACGGAGCGUACGGUGGCGGAGGCAAGGAGCUGCUUACGCUCUACGGAGCGGCAGGCGCUGCGGCUUCCGGGACGAGAGGAGACGAGUCCCCGCCCGGCCAACUCCUCUACCGUAGCGAUCCUACACUAUCAUCAUCAUCCCUGACCACGCGCGGAACGCAUGUCGUGUACGGAUCAGUUGUACCGCAAUCGCAAACAGUUUAUGAAGCUCCAGCUAGUCCAAACUCACAACAGGUAACAUUAUAUACACAUGGUAAUGCUGUACAAUACAAAGUCGCCGGCGAGCACUACCUGGGUCAGGGCGGUGGCGUGGAGUACGUGCCCGUGUCCGGAUACGACGGCGGCCUGCUCGUGGAGGGCUACGCGGCGCCGGCGCAGCCCUGGCCUGCACAUAAUAUGCUACCUAUUGAUGACGGUUUUGAUGCCAGCAUGGCUGGGAUGGGAGAAGUGAAAGAAUGCGUGAACUGCGCAGCGGCAACCACUCCCCUGUGGCGACGCGACGGCACGGGGCACUACCUGUGCAACGCCUGCGGCCUCUACACGCGCAUCAAUGGUGUUAAUAGGCCACCUCUUAAAGGACAAAAAGCAAAACCUCAACAGGCACUGCCAACGAACGGUAACCGACGCGUGGGAGUGACUUGUGCGAACUGCCGCACGUCCAACACCACGCUGUGGCGGCGCAACAACAACGGCGAGCCCGUCUGCAACGCCUGCGGACUCUACUACAAGCUGCACAACGUGAACCGGCCGCUAAGUAUGAAGAAGGACGGCAUCCAAACGCGCAAGCGCAAGCCGAAGAGUAUGGGCGGCGCACACGGCGUGCCGCGGCCCGGCUCCGGCGCGCUCCCUGGUACGUGGCGCUAGUACCGCGCCUGUCAGAGUGGAGGCACACUCGCACAAGGUGCUGCCUCCGCUGUACGCGGCGGUGGAGGGCGGAGGCGGCGCCGGGCUGCUGCUGCUGC